AUGCAUCAUACUGAACAAGCAAAAGAAGAAAUGGUCAAUGAAUGCCGUUUGUCCUAUGAAAAUAACAUAAGGGUGCUGGAAAAAAUCAAUACUUUUCAUUUAACUUAUACAUCAGAUCAAGUUAUUAAAUGGUAUACAGCUGAUUCGUUCGUUUAUCGUCUGUUGAAUCGGGCGCUUCGUUAUUACGAAAAUUUUGACGUUAUCUUUAAAUUUCGAUAUUUGACUAACUUGAUGAAUUAUUUUAUGGAUGACACAUUUUAUGAAGUUAAAGAUAUAGUUUUGGGAAAAUUUUUGAUUUAUAUGGGAAAAUACGAAGAAGCAGCAAACUAUUUUAAAGAUAUUUAUAAUCGAUAUCGCAAUGACAAUCAAAGUCUAUUUUAUCUGUUCGAUUUUAUUAUGGGUUUGGGCUCAGUUUUUCAUAGUACAACUAAUUAUAGUCAGGCGGAAGAAUUAUACAAAACUGCACUUAAAAAUAGACAAUAUCAAACGAGUUUAAAUUACUUAAAAUGUCAAAAUCAAUUAGGUAAAUUAUAUAUUGAUAUGGGAAAUUAUAGCAUGGCUGUCUUUUAUUUCAAUUGUGUUUUGGAUUCUUUACAAGAUUAUAAACAGAAAAAUCAAAAAACAUAUUAUUUAUUACUAGCUCAAACCUACAUUAAUAUGGCAUCAUUACACCUUGAAGCUGAUAACAGUUAUAAAUCCGAACCGGAAAAAGUGUUUAAACUAUUAUCUUUAGCGAAAGAAAUCUAUGAAAAAAUUCUACCUAGAAAUCAUCCGCUCUUCGCUGAAUUACAUUAUUAUUUUGGUUGGGCUUAUUAUGUAGAGAAUAACACUGAUAGUCGAGUGUUAGAGAAUCUCCAACAUGCAAUGAAUAUACAAGUUUUAUCAUUGCCAAAAAACCAUAUACAACGUGUGCCAAUACAUUUUCGUUUAGGACAGUUUUAUUUUGCGCAAAAGAAAUAUUCAGAAGGACUUAACGAAUUUGGGCAAAUAAUCGACAUUCAUUUUGAAUUAUUGAGUGAAUUAGACAUAAAUCAUCCAUUAGUAGCUAGAACUUUUGAUGAAAUUGGUGCUUAUUACCAGGAAAUGAAUCGCCCUAUGCGAGCAUUCCUUUUUUUUCGGCUCGCAUUCAAGUUAACUCUAAAUGAAGAGCUUAAAGGCUUACUAGAAUUAAAAAUCGAGGUAUGCAAAAUGGUAAUGAAAGAGCAAAUGCACAUAUUUGAUCUAAAUAGUCUUUUUAGUUCCUCGCGAGAAAAUAAUCAUGAUAUUAGACAACAAGAGAUCCUUUUCUACCAAGAUGACAAUGAAAACAUUUUGGAUAUCGCAUCAGAGCUAUAUUCAACAGGUGUUCACUUUUCAAAUUUUGGCAGAAAGCUAUCAUUCGACAAGACAUUAACAUUACAACAAAUGAGAACGCUGUGUGACUUUAUGCGUAAUGGCUCGGAUAUUCAAGAAUUAGUUUUUUUUAGUGGGCCGUGUGAAAACGAAGCGGGGCUGAUAUAUUUUGCUGAUGCAUUGGCCAUAAACGAUACGAUAAAAGAACUUUAUAUUUCUCAAACGUUAUUUCGAUCACAGAAAGUUUCCAAGAACGUUUGCCAAGUUUUUGCGAGAGCAAUUGAAGUUAAUACGAUUUUAACAGAUUUAACGCUCAACAAAUUUUCCAACCAUCAAAUGACAUUACUAUUAUUUGAUGCUCUUUCAAAACACAACCAUACCCUAGUAAAUCUCAGCAUUUCCGAAAUUAAAGUAUCAAAUAAAGCUGCCCAGCAUUUGGGUGAAAUGUUAAAACGUAACAAAGUGAUCACCAAAAUUUCUCUAACACAUACUAAGCUUACAUCAGCUGGCAGUGAGUUCAUUGCUUCUGGAUUAGAAAUUAAUGAGAGUCUCACUUAUCUAGAUCUCUCCAACAAUAAAAUCCGUUCCAGUGGAUUUUGUGCACUUGGCAAUGCUCUAAAACUGAAUAAAACAUUAUCAACUCUAUAUCUAACACAUAACAAAACGAAUUCAAGCGGAGUGCAUCCAUUCGGAGAAGCAUUAUCCGUAAAUCGGAGUCUAAAAAUUCUUCAUUUGUACGAUAAUUAUAUUGACUGCAUCGGUGCCACAUAUAUUGCUAAUGGAUUAAAAAACAAUGAAACCUUAACAAAAUUAUCUCUCAGUUCUAAUAGAAUAUCUAGUGUUGGUGCUGCAGCUCUUGCCGAUAGUUUACGUCAGAGACCGACGGUAUUGCAAAAUUUUAAUACCGCCUCGUACCGCGUACCGUCUUCUUUAGUUCCAUACCGUACCGUACCGUCUCGCCUGAUAAUUAUCUGA